AUGAGUUUUGCUAAAAAGCCAUUACCUAUAAAAGGAUCAAAAAAGCCUGAAAAAUCUCCACUUGAAUAAAUUCAAAUUAUAUUAGGUAAUGAAUAUACAGUUGAAUAAAUAUAAAAUGCAUUAAAUUAAACAACUGAUAUAUAGAAUGCAAUAAAAAUAUUGAAAUCAGAAAGGGAAGCUUUAUAAAGCAAUAGCAAAGUUCUAAAAUUUUAGUAAUUAAAUAAAGCACAACAGAUUCAAAAGAGGGUCAAUAAAUACAAUAGUAGAUGGGUAUAAAAAGUGAUGGGAGAUGUAGAUUAGAAGAAGGAUUAAGAAAUGUUAUACACAAUUUAGAUCUAAAUGGAGAAGAUUAUAAUAGAUUAAGAAUUACAUAAAUAAAUAGUAUAUAAUUUUAGUAUUCCAUCUCGUGAUCAUUAUAAUAAUACUAAUAAUUAAUCAUGA